AUGGCCAAUGCCAAGGGCUUUCCCACGCUCGUGCCACUGGAGCAGCGGGGCGGGGCGCCGUUCCAGGUGCUGGGUGACACCGCGAAGCAGCCCUACUGGUUCCACACGGAGUACCUCAAGAGCCCGAACGCAGUUCGCCUCGAGGCGUGGCUGGUGGAAGCGAUCUUCGGCCACGGCGGAGAGCACAUUCCGCACGUCGAGUGUGUGUCGCAGACCCUGCUUCGCGUUAAUCAGUGGGACCCUGAAGGCGAGGCUGAGAUCUUGAUAUUUGGUCGGCCUUCUUACCAAAAGGAUGUGUCCAAGAUGAUCAUGAACUUGGCUCACUAUCACCGCCAACUCCGGGCACAAGGUAGGGGGCCGGGAAUACGGUCCCCCGACGCUGUCCAGGAGAAGGCGACCCAGCGGUCCCCCGACGCUGUCCAGGAGGCGGCGACCCAGCGGUCCCCCGACGCUGUCCAGGAGGCGGCGACCCAGCGGUCCCCCGACGCUGUCCAGGAGGCGGCGACCCAGCGGUCCCCCGACGCUGUCCAGGAGGCGGCGACCCAGCGGUCCCCCGAUGCUGUCCAGGAGGCGGCGACCCAGCGGUCCCCCGAUGCUGUCCAAGAGAAGGCGACCCAGCGGUCCCCCGACGCUGUCCGCGAGGUGGCGACCCAGCUGUUCCCCAACACAGUCUAGGAGGCGGCGACCCGGAGCUCUCCCAACACUACCCAGAGCCCGGUUUCCAGGUGAUGAAGGCAUUUCGGGGUCCCCCAGCGCGAGCCAGGCAAGGUUCAAGUGAAAACCCCCAUCGGGAGCCCUAUGCUAAGUCCUGCUUCUGCCGCAGAAGCUGGGGGAAGCAAAGGGUGGUGUGGGUUGUUCUUGGUUUCCCCUCUUCACCCCCCAUGUUAAAUGUUUGCAAA